AUGGACCUCUACGAUGGAACUACUGACCCAAAGCAUCAUUUAAGCAAUUUUAAAAGUCGAAUGUAUUUGGCUGACGCUUCUGAUGCUACUCGCUACAAGGCUUUUCCGACAACCUUAACGAAAGCAGCGAUGAAGUGGUUCAAUAGUCUUCUCCCAAGGUCGGUCACCAGCUUCAACGACCUCUCGCGAAAGUUCCUGAUGCAAUUCUCCAUCCAUAAGGACAAAGUAAAUCACGUAUCGAGUCUCCUGGGAGUAAAACAGGAGGUCGGAGAACCUUUGAGGGACUACAUGGAAGGGUUCAACAAAGCGUGUUUGGAGAUCCAAGACCUUCCCACAGAGGCAGUAAUUAUGGGCCUAGUAAAUGGACUCCGAGAAGGCCCCUUCUCCCAGUCCAUCUCGGAAAGGCAUCCGACCUCCUUGAGUAAUGUACAAGAAAGAGCUGAGAAGUACAUCAACAUGGAGAAAAAUGCCAGGCCGAGAGAGCUAAGUUGGCGACCUGGACACUCUCACUCAUCAAAAGAGAAGGAGAGAAAGCCUAAGAAAAAGGAGGAAGUUGGCCUUGAAAGGCCCAGGAUAUAUCACUCCUAUACUCCUCUACGAGUUUUUCUAGUUGAUGUCUACAGGGAAAUUUGUCAUACUAAAAGACUACCUCCCCCUAGACCCAUAAAAAAUAAAAAAAAGGGGGAAGUCGUGCCGACUACUGUGAGUACCAUAAACUAUAUGGUCAAUCAACAAAUGAUUGUUACGACCAAAAAAUGUGAUAGAAAAGCUGGCCAGAGAAGGUUGGUUGGACAGAUAUCUCAUGAAAAGGUCGGACCAUCAUGGCAAGAGAAAGCGAGAUGA